UCUUCAGUAUCACUGUAGACUCCCAUCAUGCACCUGACUCUGGCCCUCAUCCUGCUGCUGCUGGGCAUCAGUCCAGCUCAGAGUCAUUCCAUAAAGACAUCCCUUGAAGAGAGCCCUGAAGAGACUGAUAACAACACUGAGGAGGAGUAUCUUUCUGUCUCAGACUUAAUCGAAAGAGCUAAUAAAAACAUCGAAGAGUCACAGGAUGGUCUUAUAAUUAAGUUUGGCGACAUUGUUGUGGAGGAUGGGUUGCAGAAUGCAGACAAGUGUACAUCUGGUCAGCCAGGGUGCAAAUGGCCCAGAGAGAAAGACAAAAAGGUCUAUGUGCCCUAUCAGAUUUCCAACCACUACGGACCCAAUGAAAAACGCAUUAUUGAGGAUGCUCUGCGGUCCUUUGAGAAACCCACCUGCGUCCGAUUUAUACCUCGUACACAGCAGAAAGACUACAUUCAGAUUGAGUCUCGUGAAGGGUGCUACUCCUCUGUGGGUCGCAGUGGGGGAGAGCAGAUCUUGUCUUUGAAACGCGAUGGGUGUAUCUACAAACAUGUGAUACAGCAUGAGUUCCUCCAUGCUCUGGGCUUCCAUCACGAGCAGUGCCGCAGUGACCGUGACAAGCAUAUCAAAAUCCUCUAUCAAAAUGUCUUACCAGGAAUGGAAGGGAACUUUAAAAAAGUCGACACCAACAACUUGGGCACUGCUUAUGACUACGGGUCUGUUAUGCACUAUGAAAGGGAUGCUUUUACCAAGAAUGGUCAGCCAACCAUGAUCCCUAUUCCAAACCCGGAUGUGGAAAUUGGACUUGCCACUGAGAUGAACGCCAACGACAUCCUGCGUGUCAACAAACUCUACUGUAAUUGAGUCUUUCUUUUACAUUUCAGUGCAUUUAAAAUUCUUCUGCUGUCAUCAUCUUAGAUUUCUGUUGAAAAACACACCAGAUAAUGUCAGUUUUGAAAAGAAAUUGAACUGAAUUGCUUUCACAGUCACUGUUUUCUUUCUGUUUCUGAAGACGCAUU